AUGGACACCGAAGCCGUGCAGCCCCAGGAGGCUUCGCUGACGGUCAAUGAGCAGGUUAUUGUCAUGUCCAGCCAUGAAACCAUCCGAGUGCUGGAGGUGGGCGUGGACGCCCCGCUCCCGGCUGAGGAGGACCGGAAAGCCUUGGAGAUGCCACCAGGGGAGGUAGCGCGGGGCUCCCCGGGAGAGACCGGCCACCCAGGCAGAGAGGACGUCCCACCCAGCACCCCGAGCUCCUGCAGCGGGGAGGUGGCCGGCAAAGCCAAACCGGCGGCCGGAGCGUCCCCCAGCACCGUCCCCUCCGUCGGCACCUUCAGCCACGCCACGAGCCAGCAGCCGCAGACGUUGGCCCCGCUGGCCGUGCAAGCCACCCCGCAGGUCUUGACUCAGGAAAACUUAGCAACAGUUGUGACAGGAGUAAUGGUUCCAGCAGGGACAGUUACUCAACCUCUUCUUAUCCCCAUCAGUAUUGCAGGUCAAGUGGCAGGUCAGCAGGGGCUGGCUGUGUGGACAUUUCCUACAGCAACGGUCGCUGCCCUUCCCGGAUUGACGGCUGCUUCUCCUACAGGGGGAAUUUUCAAACCGCCUAUAGCCAAUUUGCAAGGUAACGGGUGCUCUUCUGGAAGGAGCCUGUCCCAGGAGCGAUUCGUAGACCGGGGCGAUGAUGGGACCCCGGGGGUGCCCCUCGCCCUCUGUGCUGGCAGCAGCACCUGGUCGGAGUUUGACCCAGCGCUGCCUCCGGGCAGGAUGAGUCCUACUGGAGCGGAGGGGCUCGGCUCCACCUGCCACAAAGCUGGGGGCACCUUUCGCUGCACUAACACGAACCCCCCCGGCGUCUUCCCCGCUGCGCCCGGCCAGCCCCCCAUCCUGCCACAGCCCGCCGCUGCACCCACGCCGCCCGUGGCCAAGCCCUUGGAGACGCAGACCCAGAUCACCGUCCAACCUGCCGGAUUUGCCUUUAACCCUGGCAUAAUCAGCGCGGCUUCUCUCGGGGGCCAAACCCAGCUCCUCGGCUCCUUGGCAGCCGCCCCUGUGAUCGCAAACACCAUCUCCAGCGUGCAGGGCAUCACGGGCCAGAUCCUGACCAACGCCCAGGGCCAGGUGAUCGGGACGCUGCCGUGGGUGGUGAACCCCCCCGGGAUGGCGGCAGCCGGCCCUGCCCCGGCUCUGCCGGCCCAGAACCUGCAGGUACAGACGGUGACGCCGCAGCUGCUGCUCAAUGCCCAGGGCCAGGUCAUUGCCACGCUGGCUGGCAGCGCCAUCCAGGCGGCCGCCAUCAAGAAAACCGGCACCCCCGAGCCCCCCGCCAAGAACGAGGUGCAGCCCAUCCAGCCGGCCCCAGCUCUCUCCCAGCCGGCCGUGGUGAUGGCGAACCCUGCCCCGGCGGCGAAGGCUUCCUCCGCGCCCGUCCCCAUCACCUGCUCGGAGACCCCCACCGUCAGCCAGCUGGUCUCCAAGCCCCCGGCUCCCAACAGCAGCACGGAGGAGGAUGGGAUUAACCUGGAGGAGAUCCGGGAAUUCGCCAAGAACUUCAAGAUCCGACGCUUGUCCCUCGGCCUGACGCAGACGCAGGUGGGACAGGCCCUGACGGCCACCGAGGGACCUGCCUACAGCCAGUCGGCCAUCUGCAGGUUCGAGAAGCUGGACAUCACCCCCAAGAGCGCCCAGAAGCUGAAACCGGUGCUGGAAAAAUGGUUGAGCGAAGCCGAGCUCCGGAACCAAGAGGGGCAACAAAAUUUGAUGGAAUUCGUCGGGGGGGAGCCCUCCAAAAAACGGAAGCGCCGUACCUCCUUCACCCCCCAAGCCAUCGAGGCUCUCAAUGCCUACUUCGAGAAGAACGCCUUGCCCACCGGCCAGGAGAUCACCGAGAUCGCCAAGGAGCUCAACUACGACCGCGAAGUCGUCCGCGUCUGGUUCUGCAACCGCCGGCAGACCCUCAAGAACACCAGUAAACUCAACGUCUUUCAGAUCCCCUAA